AUGUCUUCGACAUAUGCUGCGAUUCCACGUCCAGGAAAAGAGGAAACGACCGUUGUCUCGCCUAUCAGGAACCUAUCAAUUCACCCAAGCAUCGGACACAACAACUCAUCGCAUGCCCUGGAUAUGAGUUCCACCGAGGUUUUCCACCAUGGUCAUGGGCCAACAGAUGGAGAAACCUACUGGUUCUGUGGAGAAUGUCGCGAGGGUCCUUACGGGUCCUGGAUCCCUUGCUGUCUGAAUUGCGGUCACCAAGGUGGCGCAUACUGCGCUGCGGGUACUUGCAUCGUGGAAUCGAGGUAG